AUGAGCCUCAAUGAGAUCCCACAGGAUUUACCCUACAACAUCUCUGCCCUGGACAUAUCCCACAACCGGCUGAUAAAGAUAGCCCAUCAGUGGCUCAGUCCUUAUCGCAAACUUGUGGACAUAGAUGCAAGCUUCAAUAGUAUCAGCAAACUGGAUGAACAAAUGUGCCAGGUGGUGCCGCUUCUGCAGAUACUCAACAUGGAGAAGAACCAAAUGUUAGAACCCAAUACGCAAGAGCUCAGCCACUGUAUAAACCUGGUGUGGCUCAACAUGGCUAGUAACAGGCUGAAGUUAAAAGGAGAGCCGUUUGCAGGAAUUCAGAGCCUAAAAUUUCUGGAAGUUUCAAAGAACAACUUGAUGUCAGCAAAACUCAGUAUGAAGCCAGAAAUUCUGAAUCUGAUAUAUCUUGGCCUGAGCAACAAUGACAUUACCAUACUGAAGACUGGUGACCUUAACUUCCUCAGAAAAUCAUCACUACGAGUGCUCAACCUGUCAUCUGUUCGACUCAAAACAGUGGAACCUGGUAGCUUCAAACACAUUUCAAGUCUUCAAACAUUAGUAUUGGAUGAGGAGGAUACCUCCUGGGUGGAAAGGAAGAUGCUUCCACUAGAAAGACAUCAAUGCAGGUUCUGUUUGGAAGACCGAGACUCAAUACCUGGAAUGUCACAGCUUGAGUCAAUUGUGGACAACAUCAGACGGUCAAGAAAGCUUUUGUUUGUGGUUACAGACAAUCUUCUAAAUGAUCCUUGGUGUAGACGGUUCAUAGUGCACCAUGCCUUGCACCAAGUGAUAGAGAACAGCCGUGAUUCUGUGGUUUUGGUCUUACGGGAGGACAUUCAUGACCACAAACUGUCCCGGGCCCUUUUUCUGCGGAGGGGAAUGCUCAGGCCCUGCUGUAUCGUGCACUGGCCCCCGCAGAGAGAACGGCUCGCUGCAUUCCACCAGAACCUGCUCAUUGCUCUUGGAAAAACCAACCACUGGCUGCAAUGA